UUGAUCUUUUCCGGAUUUACUUGUAUCCCUUCAUUAGUGACCAUGUAUGCCAAAUGUGCACCUUCGUGCAUUUAACUUUGCGCAACGUUUCAAACGUUCUAACUUUGCCCUCGUUUGGAUACAAAUACAUCCUGAAAGUUUAUCACCAUCCUCAUCACCAAGUAGCCAGCCAGCCAGCCCUUUUGUUCCCCCAAAACAAAACUAACCCUAAGAACAACAUGUUAAGAGCUGUUUGUUGUACUAAAAUUCCAUCAUCUUCAAUCAUCACUUCUUCUUCUUAUUCAGCAGCUGCCAUCACUAUCUCUUCUCUCAAACUCUCUUCUUCAUCUUCAUUUGCACCCACCACCAGAAAAACAACAUAUUCUCCUUCAUCUUCACUUGUAUCCAAUUAUUAUUCUUUUCCUUCUAUAUUAUAUAAUAAGAUGAGUCAUCAUCCACUUCCAACUGCCAGAGCCUCCUCAGCAUCGUAUAGCACUGGAAGUAGUCCCGAUGCUGGAAGAGAACUAUUGGUGCAGCAUUUGCUCAUCAAAGAAGAGGAUAAAGAUCUUCUGUACGACCUGCAGAAAAGAAUUAUAAGAGGGGAAGAUUUAAGUGACUUGGCAGUGGAAUAUUCCAUUUGUCCAUCGAAGGGGGAAGGUGGUAUGCUUGGUUGGGUGAGAAAGGGGCAAAUGGUGCCAGAGUUUGAGGAAGCUGCAUUUACCGCCCCAUUAAACAAAGUCGUUAAAUGUAAAACUCAAUUUGGAUGGCAUUUAUUGCAAGUUUUAUCUGAAAGGGAAGAAUCAGUACUUGCAGACAUUCAACCUGAAGAGCUUCAUGAAAAAAUGCAAGAUCCUGAUUUCCGUGGAGAUGCUCAACUUAUAGAUGUUCGAGAACCACAUGAAGUGGAGCUAGCAUCUUUAUCGGGAUUUCAAGCUCUUCCACUACAGCAGUUCGGAAGCUGGGGACCAGAAAUCACUAAGAAAUUAGAUACUCAGAAGGAUACUUAUGUUUUGUGUCACCAUGGAAUGCGGUCAUUGCAAGUUGCCAAAUGGUUGCAGACACAGGGGUUUAGAAAAAUAUACAACAUUGCUGGUGGAAUUCAUGCAUAUGCAGUCAAGGUUGAUCCAUCGAUACCCACAUACUGAUCACCAACCAUAUCUUUUUCGUAUUCCUUUCUUUUUGAACUGCUUAAAGCUGCAUGCUUUUCCAAUGGUGUUAUGAGUGAGAAUGUCGAGUAGUUUUAAAAAGACCCGAGUGAAAACAGAGAUAUGGGAUAUGUUAGGUCAAACUGAUGCAGAAAGCUUUUUGUCAAAAUGAGCUGUCCAAAGAAGUUAAAUAGAAUCAUCUAUGAUAGAAUCUUGCGGGGUAUAUAUAUUCAGAUUGCAUAUUUGAAUUAGAUACCUUAAAAACAUAGGUUAAGUGCUUUAAAUUGAACUAUAACACAAAAUCCUGAUUGUAUCCAACUCUGAAUGUUAUGUGAAGUGGACUUAUUGUUAUUAUGUGUAUUGAAAACAUACAAUAAGCAGUA